CACAGGCGACUUGCAGUCCUCCGAGGAGUCGCUAGCGGUGCUGCGCGAAGUUUUCGCCUUGUUCGACAAGGACGGCAAUGGCGAGAUAAGCCCCGAUGAGCUGGGCGUCGUUAUGCGUGCCUGCGGCCAGAACCCGACGCAGGCCGAGAUCGAGGAGAUGAUUGCCAAGGCGGACACCGAUGGCAACGGCACCAUCAGCUUCCCCGAGUUCGUCGCUAUGAUGAGGGAGCCGCCCACCGAAGAAACGAUCCGUCAAGCGUUCAUGAUGAUUGACAAAGACGGGAAGGGCUUCAUCACUGCCUCUGACCUGCGCUACGUGAUAAUGACCGACCUGGGCGAGCAAGUGACGGACGAAGAAAUUGACGAAAUGUUACGGGAAGCCGACAUGGACGGAGACGGGCAAAUUAGCUAUCAAGAGUUCGUUGCAAGUGCCAGAUGCGUUGGCGGUGGCGGCGGAGCGCAAGGCACGGCAAUGAAGUGCUCCCCACCAACGCACUCGCCUCAAGGAGGCGAAAAAGCGACCACGGCUACUUCGACAGUACCGUCGGCGUCGCAAACCGCUGCUCAAAGUGCACUUAAAGCGCGCGUCAGCGUUCCGGAUGCCGGCGGUGUCGGUGACGGCGGCCGCACGAGCAGUGGCCCCCGGAACAAGAGCAGCAAAGGAUACACUACUCCAGGCGGCGGCGUUGGCCGAGCAGCCACUGGCUCGGGAGGGUCGCAGAUCUCCGAGGAGGCGAUCGUGGAGCUCCGCGAGCUUUUCGCGCUGUUCGACAGGGACGGCGAUGGGGAGAUCAGCACCGAGGAUCUGGCCAUCAUGACGCGCGCCUUCGGCCAGAACGCGACCGAGGUCGAGCUCAAGAACAUGAUCGCCCAUGUGGACACGGAUGGCAGCGGCACCGUCGACUUCCCCGAGUUCGUCGCCAAGGUGAGAGCGGACACGCUCACUACGCUCACCGAAGAAGAGACCCGUAAACUGUUCAAGCUCUUCGACAGAGACAGAAACGGCUUCAUCACUGCGGAUGAGUUGCGCCACUUCAUGGCCGCCUUGGGCGAGCAACUGACGGACGAGCAAGUCGACGAAAUGAUACGGGAAGCCGACAUGGACGGAGACGUACAAAUUAGCUACGACGAGUUUUCUGCGCUAGUAACGUCGGCGCAAAAAUCGAAAUGA